CCCACCGCUUGGUUUCCCGAUCAAACAGAGGCGGAGGCGGAGGAGGCGGUGCUUGACGGCGGCCGUCGUCAGAGGCGAUGUAUGAACCGCGUCGUCGACGUCCGGGCGAAGCUGCGCCGUCGCAUGGUGAUUUUGAUGGCUUGUUUAGUGUUCAGAUCCACCACAAGGGUUUCUUCUGUGGGUCAAUGUUAUGGAUCAAGGAUUUUCUUUCACAACUGGGACAUGACAUGGAAGCCUCCAAAUUAGAUGUGUAUUGGUGCCAACCAGGGAAGACCGUUGCUGAUGGGCUUAAGCUUAUGCAAUGUGAUGCAGAUAUUGUUCUUAUGAUUAUUGCAACAAUAGAGCAUAAGAACCUACUGCUUGUAGUAGAUCAUGGUGAAACUUUGCAGUCAUCAGAUGAUGAUGUUUUGAUUACUGGAGUGAUAGAACUGCCUAAGGUCAUUACUCCCACAAAACCCAAUGGAAAAGAAAAUGUUAGCUGCUCAGCGAAAGGAAAGAGUCCAAGACAGAAUGUAUCAAGGAAAACAAAGAGGAGGAUGUCAUAUGGUGAAGGAACUAACUUCUGGGUUUACAGCUGCAGUGGAGGAAGAGCAAGGAGAGGAGCAUGGUCAGAGCAGUGAAGAAGAGGGUGAUGUUCAGGAUGAGUUAACAGAUGAGGAUUUUUAUGAGAGAGACUUUGAUGUCCAAGAUGGUGACGAUGACAUGUUUGAUGCACAUGUUGACAAAAAUGUAGAUGACCACAUAGAGAAGACUGAAUUUUCUGACUAUGAAGCAGAACUCCUAGAAGAUGCACUGGAGGACAGUCAUUUGAAUAUGUCAAGAGAAGAGAAAGAGAAGUUGAAGCAUAAAUUCAGUGUUUUCAACCCUACCACAGACCUGAACGCACUAGUGUUUAAGCUAGGUAUGGUAUUUGCAGACAUGAUAGAGCUGAGACAUGCUCUCAAUGCAUAUAGUGUCAGAAAUAGAGUGAAGGUGAGGAAGCUCAGGAAUACUAACAGGUCAUUAGAGGCAGUAUGCAAGGAUGAUUGUACUUGGUACUUGAAGGCAGGCAAGGACAAUAGAUCCAGCAGCAUUCAGAUCAAGAAGUAUACUGACAAACAUACUUGCACCAAAGCUUGGGAUCUGAAAGUGCUUACUGCUCCCUUUCUUACUAAACAGUUCAGAGAAGAGUUCAGAGGCAAUGAGAAAAUGCCCUUACUGAAAUUUUCAGAGAAGGUGGAACAAGAAUUUAACUUAGUUGCUCACAGGAGUAAGUUGGGAAGGGCAAGAAGAGCAGCCGUUAAAGAAAUCAGGGGAGAAGAUGAUGAUCAAUACAACACUUUAUGGGACUAUGGGCAGGAGUUGAGAAGGAGCAAUCCAGGAAGCCUAUUUUUCUUGUGCACAAAGGAAGUGUUUGAUGACAAGGCCAAGGUCACAAAGGACCACUUCUCAACAUUGUACUGGUCUUAUGAUGCAUGUAAGAGGGGUUUUUUGAAGGGUUGCAGACCAAUAAUUUUCCUUGAUGGUUGUCACAUCAAAACAAGAUAUAAGGGGAAUAUAUUGACAGCAGUUGGGAUUGAUCCAAAUGAUUGUAUCUUUCCUAUAGCAUUUGGCAUAUGUGAAGUGGAGUCAACACACAGUUGGGAGUGGUUUCUAGCCUCUUUGAAGGAUGACCUGAAUAUAAUCAAUACAUCAACAUUCACCAUUAUGAGUGACAGACAGAAGGGUUUGACGAAUGCUAUGAAGAAAGUUUUCCCUGAUUCAGAACAUAGGAACUGUGUUAGGCACAUUUACCAAAAUUUCCACAAAGUACACAAGGGUGAACAACUGAAGAAUGACCUCUGGGCCAUAGCAAGAUCCACUAAUGAAGCUGCCUACACCAGAAACAUGGAUAAGAUGAGAGAUCACAGCUUUGCAGCAUUCAAUUGGGUUGAGAACUUGUCCCCAAGAACUUGGAUCAAAGCUUUCUUUGACCCUUUCUGCAAGUGUGAUAUAUUGCUGAAUAACAUGUGUGAGGUGUUUAACAGCUACAUUUUGGAUGGUAGAGAGUUGCCAAUUAAAUCAAUGCUGGAUUACAUCUUCUGGAAGACUUCAAAUAGGAUGGUUGGUAAGCAAAGGGAGGCAGAAAAGUGGACAGGCAGGCUUUGCCCCAAGAUACAGAAGAAGCUGGACAAGUAUGUUGAGUGGGCAAAAAAUUGCAGGGUGAGGGAGUAUGGAAGAGGUGUAUUCCAGGUUAUCUCAUUAAACAACACUUACAUUGUUGAUCUGAACAUGUUGAGCUGUAACUGCAAAAGGUGGGAAUUGUCUGGUAUACCUUGUCAUCAUGCAAUUGCUUGUUUUAGGCAUGAGAGAAUUGAGCCUGAGAGCAUGGUCCAUUCAUGCUACACUAUUGAGGAGUACAAGAAGUGGUAUGGCUUCAAUAUGAGGCCAAUGAGGGAUCCAGAGGAAUGGGAAAAGAUGCAUGGCAAUCCUGUUUUUCCACCCAUAUACACCAAAGUAAUGGGCAGGCCCAAGGAAAGUAGGAAAAAAGAUCCAGAGGAGAAGAAGGAUAAGAAAGGAGUUAGGAAGUUGACCAAGCAUGGUGUUAGCAUGCAUUGCUCUGUUUGUGGGGGCGCUGAUCAUAACAAGAAAGGGCAUUACAAACACGUGAAUCAACCACCUACCGAGGAAGCACCUGGGGAAUCAGAAGAAGAAUACAAUGAUCCAAGCAUAAUUGCUGAAAAAUUUACAUACCCUGCACCUAUGGACUUUGGUCCCCUGCCUGAGUCUAGCUUUAUUGCUAAUGCUAGGGACACAAUCCCUAUAGGCAGGGUGACAACAGCCAUGUCCAGGGGCAGGGUGAGAGGAGGAACAAGUGGAAGCAAUGCAACAAGAGGAGGAAGAAGUGCAAGAAAUGCAACAAGGGGUGGUAGAAGUGGUACCAAUGCAAGAAGGGGAGGAAGAAGUGCAAGCAAUGCAACAAGGGGCGGCAGAAUAGUAAGCAAUGCAACAAGGGGAGGAACUGCUCCAAGUGCAACUAGAGGUGGCAAUUACCCAAGUGGAAGUAAUCCUCCCAGAGGAGCAAGGGCUGCUGCUCCAUGAUUCUACAACUUGCUUUUUGGAAAUGAUGGACAAAGCAGCCAGCAACCACCACUUUUUAUGUAGGGAGAAGAAGAGGUACUUGUGAGCCAAAAUGCACCCCAAGAUGGCCUGUUUGGAGAUGGCUGGCCUUAGGACAUGCAUGAUUUCCUAUCUCUGUAGUUGGAUGACCAAGUGAUGAAGUUCAUGAAUGAACUUUUGUGUAGAAUAGUUCAUGAAUGAACUGCUCCUUUUGUUGGGGUAAAUCAGGAAAAAAGACCUUGUUCUGCUUACGUUUACACGACAAAUAAACCAUGCUUUUGUCAGUACUAAUUUCCCUGUUUAGUAUGGAUUUUGUUCGCUACUUCUCCCAGUUUGGAGCUAUGACAUAUGUUUACUGUCAUAUGCCCAAAAUCAGUUUGCACAUAUGUUUACU